GGCGGAGAGGCGGAGUUAGCAACCGGCUGGAGAGAGAGAGAGAGAAAAAGGGGAAAGAAGGUGCUGGCAAGGCCUCCCUGGAGGGUAAUUCUUUAAUCUACCAAAAUGGUUUUAAAGAAGAAGAAAGAAAUUCACGUUGAUAGCUUUGUUCUUGAAUAUCAACAGCUUGAAAGACUUCGCUCUUUUGCAGAUGUUGAAGGACAAAACCUGGCUUCUCUAUUAUUGCGGUGUGCACAGUUGACAGAUGGCAUUCAGCAAAUUAAUUUGAUCAAACAGAUUGUGCCUUUACUGGAGAAGAUGGACUCCAAGUCUUCAUGUAAUAACAUUGUUAAAAAUUGUUUAGAUAUAUUGGGGAUAGUGUUCUUAUCACUGGAUAUAAAGAACCCUUUGAAAAAAGUCCUAGCAAGUUGCCUGAAUGACCUUCCAGAACUGCUUAUAGCAGAAGCUACAGACAGUUUUGUUGCCUGCCUUAAACAAGAAUUAGCAAAUACAAACUUCUCCCACAUUAGAAAAACUAUAGAUAAUCUUGCUUCUUGUGUGGAACUUAUACACAUAGGUAAAUCAAGCGUGACUAUACUAUUCAAAGAAGCUCUUCAAUUUCUGUUGAAAUCUGUGCUUAAAAUAGAAGAAGAAAAUCGGAAAUUCAGUGGAAAUCACAUUGCUCAAACUCGGCUGAUGCAUGAUUUGCUUAUGGGAAUUAAAGUUUCCAUGACAUUGAUCCAAAAAGUUCUGGAAAAUAUACAGGGAUGUUUUUGGAAAAAAUUGGAUUGUCCCAUUUGGCAAUGUAUGUGUGGACUUCUGAACUGCUUUAUAUGCUGCUUAAAUAAUGAAGACCUUCUACAAACUGUCCAGACUUCAGCAGGAUUGGCUGUUGUUCUUUUUAUUAAGACAAUGUUUCAACCUGUUGAGAAGUUACCUUGUUUGAUCAGUGACUUGAUUUGUGGCUUAUUAAAGUGUUCUGAUGUGCCAACGUGGUUUGUGGACAGCUGCGGAGGUCUCUGUACUGCUGAACUUUCUGACUCUGUCCUCCUUUGUCUUUGCCAUGGAGUACUUGCUAUGUUAGAUUGGAAAGAUCACAGCAUGGGAGAGAAUGCAGAGAAACUACUCUUGGAUAUAGCCUCUGUUUUGUUGACCUUAAGCACACGGUUAAAAGAGUCUGUAAUGGCAGCAUCUCUGUCCAGAAUUCUAGCUAUUUGGACCAAUGUAGCAGUGGAUUGUCUUCAAUCAAGUUCUAGAAAUCUGAAAUUCAAUCUCAAUGGAAACUCGGAAACCAUUAGUAAAAUGUUGGAUUAUGUGUAUGCACAUUGGGAACACCCACUAGAUGCAGUUAGGCACCAGACUAAGCUAAUAUUUAAAAAUCUUCUUCAAAUACAUCAGACUGCUGUGAAAGAAUCCAUAAUAAAACCAGACCCUUUCUUCUCAGAAUUAACUGAAAGCCUGCUAGGUUUAGAAUGGCAUGUUAAAGGCAAAUACUCAUCACUUGGAUAUCUUGUGGAGUGUAUUGGCAUUGACAAUCUUUUGGAAAUUGACAGAACAAUUCCUGUACAAAUCUUGGAUGUAAUGAAUGAUCAGUCUUUUGCACCUUAUGCAAGUGAUUUAUUGGAAAUCAUGUUCGUGAAUCACAAGAGGCAUCUUAUAUCCACUUUGGAAAGAAGCACUUGGAUUGAUAGUUGGCAUGAGACAUGGGUUUCUCCUCUGCUUUUGAUUUUAUGUGAUGGAAAUCCAGAACAAGCCACCUAUGUAACAGAUUAUUACUUACCAAAAUUGUUAAAAUGUAGCCCAGAAAGUUUGAACUACAUGAUUAAAAUCCUUCAGAUUUCAACAGAGUCUAAUGUUGGAUCUUUCAAAACCAGAGGAGCUCUCGGAGCCCUGAUGGCAUGCUUGAGAACGGCCAGGGCUCAUGGGCACUUGCAGUUUGUAGUCAUAAUACAAGAUGGCCUUGUGCCUGUGAGCUGUAUAAAACAAGGUUUGGUUCACCAGCAUGAUGAGGUCCGAAUAGAUGCUUUGGGUUUACUGUGUGAAAGUCACCGCAGCACAGAAAUAAUUUCCAUAGAAGAAAUGCAACUGAUACAGUUUUUUAUUAGAUAUAACUUGAACAACCAAUCAGCAGCAGUGAGGCAACAGAUUUGUUCCUUACUGAAAAAGCUGUUCUGCCGGAUAUAUGAAAGCUCCCAGACUAUUCAUAAAAUGCAGCAAUUGAAGUCUAAACAAAGUCUAAUUAAUCAGUCACUUACAUGGGAUCCAUUAACAACUUUGCAACAAUAUAAGGAUUUCAUCUCUUCCAUCUGCAAUACUUUUGAAUCCUUGUUUCCUGGCUCAUCCCAUCCAAGCAGAUUUACUGCACUGACUCUUUUGGGAACAAUAGCUGACAUAUUUCCUAACUCAGAAGGCCAAAGCCAAGAGUUAUUUCAAAUAGCCCAAGAAGUUGAUUGUUCUCGUGCCGAAAGUUUGUUGCACUGUUUUGCCAGCACUUUUGAGGAAGUAAAGACUUUGGCAUUUGAUCUUCUAAUGAAGCUUCAUCCUUUUUUGCCUUAUUUUCAGGAUCCUGAAAAACUGCAACCAUUGUUUCAGGUAGCUAUGCAGCUCAGCCGAAGUUCCAAGCCGUAUGACUGCGUGACUGCUUCCUAUUUAUUGAACUUCUUAAUCCAUCAGAAAGGAUUGUUGAAUAUUUGUUCAGAAAGUUAUCAACUUCUGGGCAUGUUUCAGCCAAAUGAAGAUCUACCUGCUGACUCAUUAGAGAAGAAUACUUUAUCUGUUAUAAAGUCCUUGUUGGAAAACCUUGAAAGAGAAAUAUUGCAGGCUGAGAAGUCUUUACUUCACGCAGCUGCUUCAUUCCCAAUGUAUGGCCGAGUACACUGUAUAACUGGGGCUUUGUGUCAAUUAAAUCAUAUGACGCUGACCAGUGAAUGGAAAGAAGUAGUGAGAAAGCUUAUUCUGAUGUCCUAUAAACUUUCUGCUGUAGUAUCCCCAAUAGUUCAGAGUUCAUCCCCAGAAGGCCUUAUUCCAAUGGAUACUGACUUGGAAACAUCAGAGAGAUUGCAGUCUAUUCUACUUGAGAUACAGCCAUGUGAUACAAAUGAUUACUUCACAGAAACAAAAUUGUUAAAAGAAAUUUACAGACCAGACUGCGGUGAUGGGAGAGCUCCAAAUAUUUCUACUGAAAUUAAAGGUAAAGAACAACAUACAAGUGAUGUCACAGCUCAAAUGGUGUUGGUGUGUUGCUGGCGAAGCAUGAAGGAAGUUUCAUUGCUUUUAGGGAAAUUAUGUCAACUUCUGCCUGUACAGAUGCUUCCUAGUUGUUCAAAUGCACUGAUAACAGUGGACCAGGUAAAAGAUAUUGGGGAAUAUUUCAAGAAUCAUCUCCUAAUGUCACGACAUAGAGGAGCAUUUGAGUUAGCUUAUGCUGGCUUUGUAAAACUUACUGAAGUAUUCUCAAGAUGUAAUAAUGAAGAUCUACAUAAAUUGCCACAGCAAUGGUUAUACAAUGUCCUGGAAGAAAUUAAAUGUAGUGAUCCUUCAUCUAAACUGUGUGUCACUAGACGCAGUGCUGGAAUUCCUUUCUAUAUACAGGCCUUGCUAGCUUCAGAACCAAAGAAAGGUAAAGCAAGUCUACUAAAAAUGACCAUGAAAGUUGAUAACUUAGCUUUACCUUCAGAUAUGCCUUCCAAUAUAAUUUCUCAGGUUCAUGCAUUAAAUAUCUUAAGAGCUUUAUUCAAGGACACCCGUUUAGGUGAAAAUAUAAUUCCUUAUGUGGCAGAUGGAAUGCAAGCAGCAAUAUUAGGUUUUACUUCUUCUGUCUGGGCAGUGAGAAAUUCAUCUACACUUCUCUUUAGCACCCUCAUUACAAGAAUAUUUGGAGUGAAGAGAGGAAAGGAUGAGAGCUCAAAGAAAAACAGAAUGACAGGAAGGGAGUUCUUUACUCGAUUUCCAACUCUUUAUCCAUUUUUGCUCAGUCAGUUGGAACAAAUAACCAGUACAGCAGACAGUAAAACUAAAGAGUUGAAGCUUCAUCCAGGCUUAUUUCUCUUGCUCUUGGUCUUGAGUAAGCUGUAUCCAUCACCAAUGGAUGGCACAUAUUCUGCUCUCAGCAUGGCUUCCUUUGUUCCUCUUAUUUUGAGAUGUGGUAACUCUCCUGUGUACCGUUCACGUGAACUGGCUGGACGAGCCCUUGUUCCCUUUGUUAUGCUAAAUUUGGUGCCACAGACAGUAUCUUCUUUGUUAGCUGGCCUUCCAGAUAGCACUGAUUCUUGUAUACGACAGAAUGCAGUUCAUGGAACGCUAUUACAAGUCCUUCAUUUGCUACAGUCUUAUUUGGAAUCUAAACAGAGGGCUAAUUCAGAUUUUCAUCAGAGUUUGAGCAACAUUAUCACUAAUGUAUGUGGCAAGCUAUGGUUGGCAAAUAGGCAAAAUCCUUGUCUAGUGACCAGAGCAGCGUAUCUUGAUGUCCUUGUUCUGUUGAAUAAUUAUGUGGGGAAGGCAAAAAUUAAAGAAACAGAUAUGAACACAUUUUGGGGAGAAAUUAGCACUAUUAUCUUGGAGUCUGAACUAGCAACGGGUAUCAAGCAUUCCCCUACAGUCCCAGGACUUGCUCAGUUUCUCCAGAGCAUCACCAGACUCUUCACCUCUAUGUGUUCAGUGAUGGCAGAACCUAGAUUUGCAAACAGGAAUUUACUUAUUAAAAAUAAUACAAUGAAACCAGGUUUAACAGUUGAAUACCUGCUACAUUCAGACUUUUGUGAAGUACGUUUAUUAGUCUUAGAAACAAUCCUGCUAUGGUUGCAUCAAGUGAAUGCAAGACAUGUGAUGGAAGAAAAAGGAAACGGUCUGUUGAAUCUACUGUCUGGCUUGGAGGACACACUAAUUAAGAUAGCUGUUAAGGAAAAGCAUCCUGAAUGUUUUUGCAAGAUAUUAGAGGCUCUGUAUAAAAUGGACCUCAGAAAUGUGCUUGCAAAGAUGGAAGAUGCUAUAAAGAUGAAUCCAAGAGAGUUCUUGCAUUGGAUUAUGAAUAUUGCAAAUACAUCUGGCAGCAUUGAAGUUCAAAGCAUAUCCCUUAAAUUUGUCUCAGAGUUACUCGUACAUCUUAUACAAAAUGGGCAAGAGGACUUGGAGUCAGAGACAAAACAAUGGCUUGAAUUAGUUAGUUGUUGCUGUGAAGAUGAACAACAAACAGAUCGGAGAUUGGCUGCUGCGGAGAUUCUUGUGAGCAUUACACCAUUUUUCCUGACUGAUCAGAAGCUUCCCUUGGGUCUUUCUGACACUUUGUUCCUUUGGAGAUGUGUUGUUCAGCUGUUGCAGAGCGAAGAACAGAUAGUCAGGGAUACAGCUGUUGGAGUUAUAAGACUAGCUCUGUCUCAAGAAAAUACACUUAAGAAAACAGGAGAACUUGAUUUCCAUGUAGUAAAUGCCACCUUAGCUUUGGAUUUAGCAUUCUCCUUACUUUGUGAACUGCUACAGCUAUGGGGACAGACGGGUGCUGGAAUCUCAGUCUUAUUGGAGUGGCUGCUAAAAGAUGAUGAUUUGAAAGAUCUAAAAUCUACAAUUGUGAUGGGAAAUGACUACCUGUUUGACAAAGGACAAACAAAUUUUUGGGCUGAGAAGUUAACGGAGGUACGUCAGCUCAGUAAACAUCUCCUUCUGCUUAUACCAGUGACUCAUGUUAGUUCAUGUGAGCAAAGAAAGCUCUAUCAGUUGGCAAGAUUAGCAUCAGAUCAGGCCCAACUUGUGACACAGCUUCUUAAAGAAAUGCCUCCGAAUCCAGAAUUUUCUCAGUCUGUAGAAUUUACAAAGUUGGCUAUUCAGAAUGAAAGAAUAUCACUUUGCCUUAAGAUACUAAGUUUGCUUGAAGUUGGAAAUAGUAUUUGCAAACGUUAGGAAAAACCUGAAACAUAGUUUAUUCAUUGUCAGUUACCAAAUGUAAAUUGAUUUGUGAACCCGAGAAUGGGUGAAGUUCUUUUUGUG